AACAUCUUUGAAAAGAUGGUCCUGGAAACCCUGAACCCGCUGCACUACAACAUCACCAGCCUGGUACCAGACACGAUGCCCAUGGCCACCGUGCCCAUACUCAUCCUCAUGUGCUUUCUCCUUCUGAUAUGGAAUCAUGAAGAGACUUCAUCAAUACCAGGGCCAGGAUACUGUAUGGGCAUCGGUCCCCUCAUUUCACACUGGAGAUUUCUCUGGAUGGGAGUAGGGAAUGCCUGCAACUACUACAAUAAGACAUAUGGAGAAUUUGUGAGAGUUUGGAUCAGCGGUGAAGAAACAUUUAUAAUUAGCAAAUCCUCAAGUGUGUUCCAUGUAAUGAAGCACUGGCAUUACGUGUCUCGAUUUGGGAGUAAGCUUGGAUUACAGUGCAUUGGCAUGUACGAGAAUGGGAUCAUAUUUAACAACAACCCAGCACACUGGAAAGAAAUUCGACCCUUUUUCACCAAAGCUCUGUCUGGCCCCGGGCUGGUGCGGAUGAUCGCGAUUUGUGUGGAGUCAACCAUCGACCACCUGGACAAACUGCAGGAGGUCACGACGGAGCUGGGGAACAUCAACGUGCUCAACCUCAUGAGGCGGAUCAUGCUCGACACAUCCAACAAGCUCUUCCUCGGGGUCCCUCUGGAUGAAAAUGCCAUUGUGCUUAAGAUUCAAAACUACUUUGAUGCCUGGCAAGCACUUUUAUUAAAGCCUGACAUAUUUUUUAAAAUUUCUUGGCUGUGCAAGAAGUACAAAGACGCAGCCAAGGAUCUUAAAGGAGCAAUGGAAAUCUUAAUAGAACAGAAACGACAAAAGCUUUCCACUGUCGAAAAGUUGGAUGAGCACAUGGAUUUUGCAUCCCAGUUGAUUUUUGCACAGAACAGAGGGGAUCUGACUGCUGAGAAUGUGAACCAGUGUGUGCUGGAGAUGAUGAUUGCUGCUCCUGACACUCUGUCUGUGACUCUCUUCUUUAUGCUAAUCCUGAUUGCAGAGCACCCCACAGUGGAAGAGGAGAUGAUGAGAGAAAUUGAAACCGUUGUGGGUGACAGAGACAUACAAAGUGAUGACAUGCCAAACUUAAAAAUUGUGGAGAAUUUUAUUUAUGAGAGCAUGAGAUACCAGCCAGUUGUGGACCUGAUCAUGAGGAAAGCAUUACAGGAUGAUGUCAUUGAUGGCUACCCCGUGAAAAAGGGCACAAAUAUCAUCCUCAAUAUCGGGCGCAUGCACAAACUCGAAUUCUUCCCAAAGCCAAACGAGUUUUCUCUUGAAAAUUUUGAGAAAAAUGUUCCUUCCCGCUAUUUCCAACCGUUUGGAUUUGGCCCCCGGAGCUGUGUGGGGAAGUUUAUUGCCAUGGUCAUGAUGAAGGCAAUCCUAGUGACUCUUCUGAGGCGCUGCAGAGUACAGACAAUGAAAGGAAGAGGCCUGAACAACAUCCAGAAAAACAAUGACUUAUCCAUGCACCCCAUAGAAAGGCAGCCUCUGCUGGAGAUGGUUUUUACACCCAGAAGAAAUGCAAACGAGAACCAGGGUGAUAGAAUGGAUCAGCACUAA